AUGACACAAAAAAAAUCAAAUAAGAAAAAAUCUUCAAGAGUUGUCGAGGAAGAUACUGAUAUCGGUAUGGAAGUAUCUACUCCAAAAUUUGAAGAAAUGUCUGAAGGAAAAUCAUCAACAGUAGUUUCAACAGAUAGUGUUGAAACUGAUGAAAAUAUUUCAUCAAAAUCAAAAAAGUCGUCCAAGAAGAAAUCUUCAACAAAAGAAAAGUCAAAACACUCAUCUUCAUCAAAGCAAACAGAUCCUAUAGAUGUUGGUAAAAGUACUGAAACCGUUUCAUCAAAAAAAUCAAAAAAGUCCAAGAAAAAAUCCUCAAAAAGUCCAUCAAACGUUAAAGAAAAUCCUGAAGAACCAUCAUUGACUGAAGUCCCAACUGUGGAUUAUACUUCAUAUAUUGAAACUGUUGAAGAAAUCGAAAAGUUGAAUCGUAACGAUCUUAUUAACUAUUUGAAGAAUAAAAAAGAGUUAGACCUUGACAAACAAGAUAUUAAUACAAUCAAGAGUGCUAAAUUUACAGGUCAAGUCCUCCUUGAUUUAACACAAUAUGAUCUUGAAAAAAUUGGAUUAGCUCUUGGACCAGCUAAAGCAAUUGUAGGGUUAAUUAAAACGCUUAAGGGCGAAGAAGAGCAAGUAACAAGAAAGCGUAAGUAUGAAGAACCACAAGUAGUUUUAAGUGACAUCAUAAAAAUUGCAGUGAAAGAAGAAUUCUCCCGACAAAAGUCUGAAAUAGGAACAAAGUCAGCAAAAGUAGAAAAUAUUGACUACCCAACGGACUUACCCACUCCACUUUACAAGAGAGUGAAAGUUUCUGAAGAAUUUAUACCUAAAACAGAUGAUGAGGACAAGGUGGCAGAAAUGAGUAUCUAUACCUCAACAGCUUAA